UUGCAUGCGAAUGCAGCAGAACAAUCUUGUUUGAAAUGACUCCAUGUUAUUGGCUUUGAAACUUGUAAGUGAAGUCCUUUGAGCUUUGUAGGUGUGCUGAUGAAAACUAACCUGAAAAAAUAAAUAUUAACAGGUUAUGGAGACAUCAUGAAGGUUGAAACUUCCGGUGCCUCAAAGCAGACAGCUAGGCAGGACAACCUGACUUGCGAAGGUAGGGAGGCUUCACGUACCAUGGCAGAGACUGAUUUAAAGAGAAUGGAAAAGUACAGGUCUAAAAUCAACAGAGUGGGAAAAGACAAAGAGAUUGAACCAGCUCUCAUUGCCACCAUCAUCUCCAGAGAGUCCAGGGCUGGAGAUACACUACGUGAUGGCGGCUGGGGAGACUAUGACCACAAGAGAAAAGCAUACAACGCCUGGGGACUGAUGCAGGUUAUAAUAAAUAUUACUGUUCCACUCACACCCGCUUGGUCAGGCCUCACAUAACAACUGUGUUCAUCUCAUUUCAUUUCCAUUUCUAUAGGUUGAUGUUAAUCCUGACGGAGGAAAUCAUGAUCCACUUGGUGCAUGGGACAGUGAGCAACACCUCCGCCAAGGCACCCAGAUCUUGAUUGAUUUUAUCGAAAAGAU